ACGGCCUGACCAAUCCGGCGAGCGCUCGGCGCGGGGGGCGGGGCGCCCCGGCCUCGGCCGGGCCUGCAGUGCGCAGAGGACGCGGCGGGAGCAUGUACCGGCUCCUGAGCCGGGGCUUGGGCGGAGGCCUCUUGCGGGCCGCAGGGCGGCGGUGCCGGGGCUGCUCGGCGCGCCUGUUCCCCGGGCUGGCCGGAGGCCCGGGGCCCGAGGUGCAGGUGCCGCCAUCCCGAGUCGCGCCGCACGGGGGGGGCCCGGGCUUGCUGCCGCUGCUGGCAGCGCUCGCCUGGUUCUCGAGGCCUGCUGCAACAGAGGAGGAAGAGCAGCAGGGAGCGGACGGGGCCGCCGCUGCCGAGGACGAGGACGAGGCCGAGGCCGAGAUCAUUCAGCUGCUGAAGCGAGCCAAGUUGAGCAUCAUGAAAGAUGAACCAGAAGAAGCUGAGCUAAUUUUGCAUGACGCUCUUCGUCUUGCCUAUCAGAGGGAUAACAAGAAGGCCAUCACUUACACUUAUGAUUUGAUGGCCAACUUAGCAUUUAUACGGGGUCAGCUUGAAAAUGCAGAACAACUUUUUAAAGCAACAAUGAGUUACCUGCUCGGAGGAGGCAUGAAGCAGGAAGACAAUGCAAUAAUUGAAAUCUCCCUAAAGCUAGCCAGUAUCUAUGCUGCUCAGAAUAGACAAGAAUUUGCUCUUGCUGGCUAUGAAUUCUGCAUUUCAACCCUAGAGGAAAAAAUUGAAAGAGAAAAGGAAUUAGCAGAAGACAUUAUGUCAGCGGAAGAGAAAGCCAAUACCCACCUCCUCCUGGGCAUGUGCUUAGAUGCCUGUGCUCGCUACCUUCUGUUCUCCAAGCAGCCAUCACAGGCACAAAGGAUGUAUGAAAAAGCUCUGCAGAUUUCUGAAGAAAUACAAGGAGAAAGACACCCACAGACCAUUGUGCUGAUGAGUGACCUGGCUACUACCCUGGAUGCACAGGGCCACUUUGAUGAGGCGUAUAUCUAUAUGCAAAGGGCAUCAGAGCUGGCAAGACAGAUAAACCAUCCUGAGCUACACAUGGUGCUCAGCAAUCUAGCUGCAAUUCUGAUGCACAGAGAACGAUAUACACAAGCAAAAGAGAUCUACCAGGAAGCACUGAAGCAUGCAGAGCUGAAAAGAGAUGAGAUUUCUAUACAACACAUCAGGGAAGAGUUGGCUGAGCUGUCAAGAAAAAGUACACCUUUGACUUAAUUUUAUCAAGCUCUGAAUCCAUUCUUAUUGUAGGGAGAAUAAUUUCUAGUAACCCAGAAGAAUAGCUGUUAUCCUAGUCUCUGUGGCACCCAAAUCAAUGGGUUAAAUCCUUUGUUCUUGAUAUUCAGGUUUCCUCAACUUAGUUUUGGUGAAGGACAGGUUGUAUACACUGCCAUUUUUGUUUUUUAAAGGAAAAACAACUUUCAGUCCUGACUGACCUUCGGGACUGCCGUCAAAUGAUGCUUUCAGUUGGAACAUACGAUUAGGUGCUGCUCCUGCUGAUCUAAGUAAAAUAUAAGAAGGGCUGGUUUUUCUCUAGGGUGUGGGUGUGUUAAUUCAGCCUGGCAUUUCUACCAGUAAGAUUUUGGCCCACUGAUUUGCUGCCCUUGCUUCUCUGACUUUAUCAAUAUCUGCAGACAGAACAGAAGUACCUGUCUCAAGGCAAAGGGGAAGUAAUGGUGAGUUGUUUUCCUUAUAAUCUGUUUCAUGAAGCACAGUAUAGGGUUUAAUGCAUAAAGGAAGAAAAGUAGUAUCUUAGUUUGCCGCCAGCAUCCAGCUUUAAAGUGGGAUUUAGGCACUUGAAGCUAUAGCACCCAUUUCAUUAGAAGUGAACCAUAUGUAUCUAGUUAUAUAUAACUAUUAAAAAAUGGGGGUGGGAGAAGGAAUGAUAUAACCUCUUGUCUGUCAGUGUUAUCUGAGCACUUGACUUCUUUGCAACCUUGGUCACACAACUGAGCCACCUCAAGUACUCUUUAAAAUUCAGCCUGCACCCUAGACCUCUGACUCAGAAUGGGGCUCUCCAAGGGUAGUAUUUAAAAACUCCCAGUAAUUCUGAUCUGUACCACUGGUAUAGUGGAACUACUGACCUGAAUCCUAGUCCUGGCUUUUUGAUCUUGGAUUUCAAUAUCCUCAUCUGUAAAAUGAGAUUCUUUUUUAGCUGUGGAAGAAGGUCUUUAGUCAGAUGACUUUAAAUGAAUAGACUGCUAUGUUGAAAGAGCUUUAUCACACUGCCUCAAACACAGAUGGACAGUCUUACCUCAGCAGUCUUACAAAUAAAUAGUUUUCUAGUACCACGAAAGAAUACUGAUCCUGUUGGUAUGCCUGUGGGGUGGGAUGUGAGUGGGGCUGAUAAACUGAUAUUUUUGGUUUGUAUGUACAUAAUGGAAGAAUCUUUUCAUAAUAAACUAGAGACUAUACA